AUGGCCGAAGCUGACAUUGCACUGAUUGGACUGGCUGUCAUGGGCCAGAACUUAAUUUUGAACAUGAACGACCACGGCUUUGUGGUCUGUGCUUUUAACAGGACGGUCUCCAAAGUUGAUGAUUUCUUGGCCAACGAGGCAAAGGGAACCAAAGUGGUUGGUGCUCACUCUUUGAAGGAAAUUGUCUCCAAGUUAAAGAAGCCCCGGAGGAUCAUACUUCUCGUGAAGGCUGGUCAAGCUGUUGAUGAUUUCAUUGAAAAACUGGUACCAUUGUUGAGUGCUGGUGACAUCAUCAUUGAUGGGGGAAAUUCUGAAUACAGGGAUACCACAAGACGGUGCCAAGACCUCAAGGCCAAGGGAAUCUUGUUUGUGGGGAGCGGAGUUAGUGGUGGAGAGGAGGGGGCCCGCUAUGGCCCAUCUCUAAUGCCAGGAGGGAAUAAAGAAGCUUGGCCCCACAUCAAGACAAUCUUCCAAGACAUUGCUGCAAAAGUCGGAACUGGAGAACCCUGCUGUGACUGGGUGGGAGAUGAGGGAGCAGGCCACUUCGUGAAGAUGGUGCACAACGGGAUCGAGUAUGGCGACAUGCAGCUCAUCUGUGAGGCUUACCACUUGAUGAAAGAUGUACUGGGCAUGGAGCAUGACGAGAUGGCCAAGGCAUUUGAGGAAUGGAAUAAGACAGAACUAGACUCGUUCCUGAUUGAAAUCACAGCAAAUAUCCUCAGAUUCAAAGAUACUGAUGGCAAACACCUGCUGCCAAAGAUCAAGGACAGUGCUGGGCAGAAGGGCACUGGAAAGUGGACAGCCAUCUCAGCUCUGGAGUACGGUGUUCCUGUCACUCUCAUUGGUGAAGCUGUCUUUGCUCGAUGCUUAUCAUCACUGAAGGAUGAGAGGAUGCAAGCUUCCAAAAAACUAAAGGGUCCCCAAAAGGUCCAGUUUGAAGGAAACAAGAAAUCAUUCCUAGAAGACAUUCGGAAGGCCCUCUAUGCUUCCAAGAUCAUCUCUUAUGCUCAAGGCUUCAUGCUGCUACGACAGGCAGCCACCGAAUUUGGUUGGACCCUCAACUAUGGUGGCAUAGCCAUGAUGUGGAGGGGGGGCUGCAUCAUCAGAAGUGUAUUCUUAGGGAAGAUAAAGGAGGCAUUUGAUCGAAACCCAGAACUUCAGAAUCUUCUGCUAGAUGACUUCUUUAAGUCUGCUGUUGAAAACUGCCAGGACUCCUGGCGGCGGGCCAUCAGUACAGGUGUCCAGAUAGGCAUCCCCAUGCCCUGCUUCACCACCGCACUUUCCUUCUACGAUGGGUACAGACAUGAGCUGCUGCCUGCCAACCUCAUUCAGGCUCAGCGGGAUUACUUCGGGGCUCAUACCUAUGAACUUUUAGCCAAGCCAGGACAGUUCAUCCACACUAAUUGGACGGGCCAUGGUGGCAGCGUGUCAUCCUCUUCCUACAAUGCCUAA